UAUUUAUUUUAUUCAUUUAUGUCCAACAAAUUCAUUUGAUAAACGAGGUUCUCUCUUCUCGUUUCUUGUCUCUCGCAGUGUUUCAUAAAAACAAAAACAAGUUACCUAAGCUUCUCCAUUGUUUUGUUCCUGCAGAUGCGUACUUGAUUUUCCUCAUUCACUCCGAACUCAAUCAACAAACCAAUCUCUUGUUUGAAUAUUUGAGAUAUUUUGCUUAGAAAAUGAGAGGGGGUUUGUGGCAACUUGGCCAAUCGAUCACUCGCCGUCUUGCGAACGGAGGAGAUAAGAAGGCUGUUGCGCGGCGAUGUUUCGCUACAGAAUCUGAGCUGAAGAAGACAGUUCUGUAUGACUUCCAUGUUGCUCAUGGUGGAAAGAUGGUUCCUUUUGCUGGUUGGAGUAUGCCUAUUCAAUACAAAGACUCAAUCAUGGACUCAACGUUAAACUGUAGACAGAACGGUAGUCUUUUCGAUGUUUCUCAUAUGUGUGGUCUUAGUCUCAAGGGAAAGGAUGUUGUUUCGUUCCUUGAGAAGCUCGUCAUUGCGGAUGUUGCUGCUCUUGCCCACGGAACCGGGACUUUGACUGUUUUCACUAAUGAAAAGGGAGGGGCGAUCGAUGAUUCCGUGAUUACUAAGGUGACAGAUGAUCAUCUUUACUUGGUUGUCAAUGCUGGGUGCAGAGAUAAAGAUUUGGCUCAUAUUGAGGAGCAUAUGAAGGCAUUCAAGGCCAAAGGCGGUGAUGUGUCGUGGCACAUUCAUGAUGAGAGAUCUCUACUCGCUCUUCAGGGUCCUCUUGCUGCUCCUGUUCUUCAACAUCUGACAAAAGAGGAUUUGAGCAAGCUGUACUUUGGGGAGUUCCGCGUGUUGGACAUCAAUGGCUCGCAGUGCUUUCUCACACGGACAGGGUACACUGGUGAAGAUGGAUUUGAGAUCUCAGUUCCUUCAGAGCAUGGAGUUGAACUUGCCAAGGCACUGCUGGAAAAAUCUGAAGGGAAAAUAAGAUUGACAGGACUCGGUGCUAGAGAUAGUCUACGUCUCGAAGCUGGACUGUGCUUAUACGGAAAUGACCUGGAACAGCACAUUACACCUAUUGAAGCAGGACUGACAUGGGCUAUAGGUAAGAGAAGGAGAGCAGAAGGUGGUUUUCUAGGAGCUGAUGUUAUCCUGAAACAGCUCGCAGACGGUCCUUCCAUUAGGCGUGUCGGUUUCAUUUCUUCUGGUCCACCUCCAAGAAGCCACAGCGAGAUUCAAGAUGAAGGAGGAAACAACAUUGGUGAAGUGACCAGUGGUGGAUUCAGUCCUUGUCUCAAGAAGAACAUAGCUAUUGGAUAUGUCAAAUCUGGAUUGCACAAAGCAGGUACCAAAGUAAAGAUCAUUAUUCGAGGUAAACAGAAUGAAGGAGUUGUCACGAAAAUGCCGUUCGUACCCACAAAAUACUAUAAGCCUUCAUAGUUUGCUGCAGCAUUUCCCAUUUCUUGACUAAUUUUCCCAUAAACUGAGUGUUACAUAAAUGUUAAUGUCGUUAUUAUGUUUCUCAUGUCAAGUACAAGGCUUCAUCUUGAUUCAUAACUCAAUUUCUUUUCAAACAUGUAUUGCUUGAACUUGAUGUUAUCAUGAAUUUUUUCCAAUA